CCACACUCACUGCUUUGCUUCUCCAUAUUUCUUUUUCGUUUAUAGAGGUCAUUUCCUUCACAUGUACUUGAGAUACAUGAUGAAGCCUCUUACUUUGAUCAAACUGUCAUACUUUUCAACGUCACUCAUUACUUUCUUGUUCACUAUUCUUUGUUUCGGUGAUAAUGGUAGAGCACGGGUGACAUUGCCGGAAAAUGCUACUAUACCUGCAGUUAUAGUGUUUGGGGACUCAAUUAUAGAUCAAGGAAAUAACAAUAACUUAAACACUUUGACUAAAGCCAAUUUUUCUCCUUACGGAAAGGAUUUUGUCGCCGGAAAAUCAACCGGAAGAUUUUCUAAUAAUAGGACACCGGCCGAUAUGUUUGUCGAACAACUAGGAAUAAAGGAACUUUUGCCAGCAUAUCUUGAUCCAUCCCUAGAUGAUGAAGAACUUCUAACUGGUGUAAGCUUUGCUUCUGGUGGGUGCGGAUAUGAUCCCCAAACUUCCAAAAUAGUGUCGGUUUUGUCAUUAACGGAUCAGCUACAACAAUUCAAAGAAUAUAUAGAGAAAGUGAAGCGAAUGGUUGGUGAAAGAAGAACACAAAGCAUAUUAGCAAAUAGUUUAUUUUUGGUCGUUGCGGGCACCGAUGAUAUUGCUAAUACUUACUACACUAUCGGCAUAAGGAGAUUACAAUAUGAUAUCCUCUCUUACACAAACUUAAUUGUAUCAUCUGCUUCUGACUUCAUACAGGAUAUUUACCAACUCGGAGCAAGAAGAAUAGGGGUCUUCGGUGUACCUCCAAUAGGAUGUUUACCAUCACAAAGAACUUUUAAUGAUGAUGGGAUUCGAGUGUGUAGAGAAGAGUAUAACAAUGCAUCAAAAUUAUAUAACAUCAAGUUGCAACAAGAACUUGAGGACCUCAAACAGGCUAAUGUGCAAUCCAGGAUUGUUUAUUUCGACAUAUAUAACUCCAUUCUUUCUAUUAUUAAAAAUCCACUCCAAUAUGGACUACAAGUUGUCGAUAGAGGUUGUUGUGGCACAGGAUACAUAGAGGUUUCCAUUUUAUGUAACCACUUGAUCCCAACAUGUCAUGACGAUUCAAAAUACUUUUUCUGGGACAGUUUUCAUCCUACAGACAAAGGAUACAACAUCCUCGUUUCACUCACUGAUAUGGAGGCUGAUAAAUGA